GUCAAACUACACGGAAGUUAAGUAAGCUGUAAGGCGGCAGUUGCACAGCAGGUAAGCUACGUAGGCCGACAUGACAUCGCUCAGCGCAGUGAACUCAACGCUUGCCAGUCUGAAAACAUGUCAAAAUGACAUUGGUACUGGCAUGGAUAUGGUGACGGAGGUCGCCUUGGAUCUAGUCGAGUCAGAAGGCAAUGUCAAUAGCCCAAAUUUGAAGAAACUCGAAGAGAUGAUGUUGGAGUGUGCCAAACUUGACAGGGAAAUCAACUGUUUCGUAGAAGCAGUUGAUACAAUGACUGCACGGGCGAGACAGAAUCCAGAGGCCCUGGCUCUCCUGAGCAACUCGGUGAAGACUGAAUUUGCCAGGUUAAAGCAAGGGGCGUCUGACGCAGAGCUCGGUCAACACGCCAAGGUGAUCGCUUUCAAGGACGGCAUUCAGAACUCACUGCCAGAGGCCAGCCAGCCGGAGACAGAAGCUGCAGACUUGGAUGAGGAUAUCGCGCUCACUCAAAGCCAGUUCAACUUCACCUGUCCUCUUACACAGGUUGAAAUGGUGAACCCUGUAAGGAACAAGAAGUGCCAGCACUACUAUGACCAAGAAGCAGCCCUGACUAUGAUCCAAACCAAGCAGAGGAGCCGCAAAAAGUUCAGGUGUCCUGUAGUUGGCUGCGACAACAAGGACGUGACGCCCUCGGACCUGGUGCUGGACCCCAUCAUGAAGAGGAGGAUUCAGAACCACAAGAGGCAAAAUGCAAAGAAAUAAUUUCUCUCUCUCUCCCUUGGUUCAGUUGUUUGGGUUUUAUAAUAAUAUGGAUUCAUUGUAUUGCAUUGCUUGAUUAAUUGUGUUGCAUGUUUGCUGAAGGUUGGUUAUUGCACAUAUCGUUUUUGUAAUAAAUAUUUUUUGACACAUA